AUGGCCGCCGCCGCAAAGUCCAAAGCGCAGAAGAUCAUCGACGAGAAUGGCGUCGUUGUCUUCAGCAAGAGCUACUGUCCGUACUGCAAGGCCACCAAGAGCUUGUUGAGCGAGAAGGGUGCGAAGUUCUAUGUUGAGGAGUUGGACCUUGUCGAUGACGGUGCCGCCCUCCAAGACGCACUCGAAGAGAUCACGGGCCAGCGCAGCGUGCCCAACAUCUUCAUCAGCCAGAAGCACAUUGGCGGCAACAGCGAUUUGCAGGCGAAGAAGUCACAGUUGGAUGGGUUGUUGAAGAGUGCUGGUGCAGUCUAA